CAACCAGUAAUCAUGAACUCCUUCCAACCGAUUCCUAACGUCGUCGAUCACGGCGAUUUUCUCCGUGACGUUAUCGAGAUUCUGUUCAGUAACGUAGUUUUUGCCGGUCACAGCAAUAAAGUAGUCCUGUGGAAACAACCGGAAAGUCUCAAGGAUCUCUUCGAUUUCUCGUUGGACCAAAUUGGAGUUACCCAAGAGAAACUCCUAGUUUUGAUUAAGAACACGAUCAAGUUCAGCGUGAAAACGGGUCAUCCAUAUUUCAUUAAUCAACUGUUUUCGGGUUUGGAUCCGUACGGAUUGGCCGGUCAAUGGUUAACGGAUGCUCUGAAUGCCAGUGUUUAUACUUACGAGGUGGCGCCGGUUUUCACUUUGAUGGAGACCAAAGUAAUCCAGGAGAUGUGCAAGAUGAUUGGUCCUGAAUGGGGCGAUGGUAUGUUCUGUCCUGGAGGAUCAUUUGGAAACGGGACGGCAAUCAAUUUGGCACGGUUCAAUCUUUUUCCUGACAUUAAGUUAAACGGAUUAACGAAUUUACCCAAAUUGGUGCUUUUUGCAUCCGAGGAAUGCCACUACUCGAUUCAUAAGUUUGCGUCGUUUCUCGGUAUUGGCGAGAAUAACGUUUUGAGUGUAAAUACGGACGAUGUUGGUCAGAUGGACGUUUCCGAUUUGGAACAAAAGAUAUUGGAGCAGUUAGGAUUAGGAAACAUGCCUUAUCUUGUCGUUGCAACUCUCGGUACCACAGUUAGAGGAGCAUUUGAUCCUCUCAACGAUAUAGCUGAUGUCUGCAAAAGUUACAAGUUGUGGCUACACGUUGAUGCUGCUUGGGGAGGCGGUUUGAUCUUCUCGCAGAAAUAUCGAAGCAAGUUAAAUGGCAUCGAACGUGCCCAAUCCGUUGUCAUCAAUCCUCAUAAGCUUUUGGCAGUGCCGCAGCAAUGCUCGUUACUCUUUGUUAAAGAUAAAGAUAUUUUGCAUCGAUGUCAUUCGAAAGGAGCCGAGUAUCUUUUCCAAAAAGACAAAUAUUACGAUUCUACUUAUGAUCAUGGAGACAAGUAUCUGCAAUGCGGGAGGAAAUGUGAUGUCUUCAAGUUCUGGCUAAUGUGGAAAGCCAAGGGUUCUAUGGGGUUUGCGAGGCACGUGGAAGCUUUGAUGGAAGUAGCGGAAUAUUUCGAGACGCAAAUCGAAAAGCGACCUGACUUCUGCUUGGUUUCCAAAAGGCAAUACAUGAACGUCUGUUUCUGGUAUUUACCUCGGUAUCUUCAGGGAAAACGCAAUAUAUUGAAUAACACUUCGCAACUGCAAAAGGUUGCACCUCAGAUCAAGGCGGUGAUGGUGAAGCACGGAUCUGUGAUGCUAGGCUACCAACCGUUGAAGAACUUGCCCAACUUCUUCAGAUUCGUUUCGCAAAACUCGGCCCUGACCAAGGAGGACGUCGACUUUAUUCUCGACCACAUCGCAGACAUCGGCAGAGCCGUCUUUCCCUAACAGUCUCCAUUUCCAGUGUCUUUCAAAGUAAUUGGCGUCGUCUUGAUAAAAUUUAAAAAAUAGUCUAAAUAGUAUUUAUAUUUCUUCAGCGUAACUUCAUUAGUUACACAAGCUUUUUUAAUGAUUUUUUUUGCUGCGAAACAGGAUUGGAUUUUAAUUAAUUACUGAAAUAAUAUAAUUUUAAUUCGAGUAGUUGAGGUUGCCUAUAACGAUAAUU